AUGGAGGAGGGCGAAUCCAGUGAAAAGGAAAGCCAAAACCAAAGAAAGCAUGGCAGACCACCCCUAGAGAAAUCGUCUCUCGAGCAGGAGAUGAUGCUCAAGAUGCAAAACCAAAUCGAAGGAUUGAUGAAGCAUGUCAAAGCACAAACCCCUGCCACGGUAGAGGAGUUGGUACAAAACACGGAUUCACCUUUCACACCUGAAGUUAUGGGGUGCCCUCUCCCAAGAAAGUUUAAAAUGCCCCAGUUAGAAACGUUCAAUGGUUCCACGGACCCGUUGGAUCAUCUUGAGACAUAUAAAUCCUUGAUGCACCUACAAGCAGUGCCAGACGAGGUAAUGUGUCGGGCAUUCCCGGUCACCCUCAAGGGGAGUGCCCGAGCAUGGUUCAACAAGCUCCCACCAGGAAGUAUACGUAGCUUCAAAGAGCUUAGUACAAGCUUUGUAAGUUACUUUAUUGCUGGUCAACGCUACGGCAAACCAGCAACGCAUCUCCUGACGGUAAAACAGGGAAGAUGGGAAUCAUUAAGAGAAUACACCACAAGGUUUAAUAAAGAGGUGGUCCAAAUAGAGGAAGCCGACGAUAAUGUGAGCAUAACUGCAUAUAUUGCUGGGUUGUAUUCAGGGCAAUUCCUAUAUCUUGUGUCUCAAGAGCCACCAAAGACCAUGGCAGAGCUCAUGCUCAGAGCUCAGAAGCACAUGAACGUAGAAGAGGCUAUCUAUGCAAGGCGUACACACAAAAGAAGGAGAGAAGCUGUCCGCAAGAUAGGGGGAGAACCUAGGAAUAAAAAGGUGGAUUCAAGAUUAUCUCCAAAGAGAGGAUUGGCUAGAGGGCCUCCCCAAGGAAAAUACAAACAGUUUACCCCGCUCAUAGCCACGGUAGAGCAAAUCCUCAACAAUCUGCAAGACGAUCCAAACCUCAAGUGGCCAGGAAAGCUGAGAUCCGAUCCUAGCAGGAGAGCUAAGGAUAAAUACUGUAGGUUUCACAGAGACCACAGACAUAAUACAGAUGAUUGCAUUGACUUGAAGCAACAGAUCGGGGAUCUAAUUCAAAGAGGGAGACUUCAGCGUUUCGUAACAAAGAAACACCAGAAGCAACCCAGAAAGGAAAACACAAACAAAGAGCGAAGGGACGGUGCUGCACCCCGGUCCGGCCCCAUUGGAGAGAUCAAGGUCAUCCAUGGGGGAUUUGCCGGAGGUGGAGAGUCUAGCCAUGCAAGAAAAGCCCACCUAAGAAAAUUGCGAACGGAGGAAUAUUUGGAGGUCAACACAAUUGACCGCCCAAGCAAGAUCCAGAAAAAAGAGGAGAUACCCAUAAUUUUCUCCGAAGAAGAUCUCAAAGGGAUCCAAAUCCCCCAUGAUGACCCUCUGGUCAUAACCAUUGUCAUAGCAAACUACCUCACACGAAGAGUAUUGAUAGACAGCGGAAGUUCAGCCGAUAUACUCUACCUUCAUGCAUAUGACCAGUUAAAGGUCGAACGAGAAAGGCUAAGGCCUAUGGCGUCACCACUAGUUGGAUUUGCAGGUACGCCUGUUUACCCAGCUGGUCAAAUAGCACUACCAAUUACUAUGGGAGAGGAGAAAAGUCAAAUUACGCGUAUGAUUGAUUCAUAG